AGUUGUACAAAUAUACUAGGUGAAAAAGACCCAAUCACGGCCAAUUCAACCUUUUGACACCUUUAAAUAUUCCAAGACUGCCAUCAUGAGUCAACCGUUUAGCUUUAAUUCCAACUUUGAUAGCUUCAAGGAUAAAUCUAAAGAUUCAGGCUCCUACCCCAAUACCACUACUAGCAGUGUGAAUAAUCACGAUUAUGACUCUUCCAACCACGAUUCCAACUACAGCCCGCGGUCAUCGGUUGUUUACUUACCAGGGAUCCAAGAUGAAGAACACUCGCUGCCUCCCGAGCUGCCUCACCGAGGAACUGAUCAGGAAGGAGUGGAUUCUAAUUAUAAGGGAUUUCACAAUAAUCGGAAGUCAGGAAAUAUAAUCCCUCCUUUACAGCAGCCAAUAAAGCCCCGGUUUCGGAAAAAGGGAAGCUCGUUGCUUGGAAAGCUCAUAUAUUCCACCCAGCGUACUUCCGACUCUAGAAAUCCUUCAGUCAGCUCGAGCAAUACUUCUGCAAAUGCAAAUACAAAUGCAAACCCAAACACAAGGAAAAGUGUCAGCUCCACCAACUCUUCCGGCUCAGGUGGAAAAUUCAAAUUCCGGCUUUCUUCCAUAACUUUUGAUCAUAAUACACCUACCAGCACGUUGAGGGCACAAAGAGGAUCCACCACUUCAUUCUCCAAAACACGGAACAGUAGUGGUGAUUCCAACAGCUCUGGCAAACAUAAUACUGGAUUCGACAUCGAUAUAAACUUGAGUGAUCUCAAUGGAGUGUUGAAGACACCUCCAGCCUCCGGGGAAGGUACGGACUACUUGAAGCCAGUCCAUUCCACCACCGCCAUUUCUCCACUAAGAAGUUGGAAAGCACCAGACAGUUGGGAUGUCCGGGCAUUCACGUUUGAUUCCCCCAAAGAGAUAAAUGAAGAAAACUCAGACUCAGAUUCUGACUCAAAUUCAAACUCUAUAACCAUAUCUCCCACUACGGCCAAGACCCAAUUGCCCGUGUUAUAUGGGUCCAAAAACACUUUACAUGUUGUUCCCACCAGUGGAAAAGCUAAAUCUAACAACUCUAUUAUCAGAGUUUUCCGUGAGGAUAACACAUUUGCAACCAUUUUGAACUCGCUCGAUACCACGACCACCGAGCUUUUGAUGAGUGUCCAGAAGAAGUUUUUUCUUGACUCUACUCAAAAUUACCGUUUAUCCGUUCAUAUUGGUAACUAUGUGAAGAUCUUAGAACCUUUUGAAUUACCCUUGAAAAUUCAAAUGGGUUUACUUCUAUUGAGUGGAUACACUGAAGCUGAUAACCUUCGAAUGAUUGGAAGUGAAGAUCUUUCUUAUGUCUGUAAGUUUGUCGUUGAUGUGGUGUAUUUGAGAAAUUUGACUCACGAGGAAGAAGUAUCUUUGUCUAAAGACUACGUAAAUGUGGAUAUCUCUGGAUUGGACUUGAAAACCAUUCCUAUCAUCUUCCAUCAACACACAUAUGAAAUCGAAUCUUUGAAUGUUGCUGAUAAUCCAGGUAUUCAUAUACCUUUGGACUUCCUUCAGUCUUGUGGCUAUUUAAGCAGUUUGACUUUCUCUCGUAACGGUUGCUCAGACUUCCCUGUUAACAUAUUUGAAGCCAAGUCAUUGAAGUAUCUUGACUUGGAAAAGAACUUUUUGGAUGAAAUCCCUCCUAAAAUCAGCCACUUAAGGGCCUUAAAGCAUUUGAAAUUGAACCUGAAUCAAUUAAAUUCCUUACCAAAGUCCUUUUCGAAAUUGGAAAACUUGGAGACUUUGAAUUUAUCUUCAAACUACUUCAAUUCAUAUCCCACCCCGGUCAGCGAUUUGGUGAACUUACGAGACUUGGAUUUAAGUUAUAAUGAUUUAUCUUAUCUCCCCAAGUCACUCAGCAACUUAAAGAAAUUGGUUAAGUUGAACCUUUGUACCAAUAAAUUGAGCAAAGAGCUCCCUGCAUUUUUUGGAGAGUUAUCUUCUUUGAAGAGAUUGGAUAUCAGGUACAACUAUAUCUCUAACAUUGAUGUAUUGGGGUCCUUACCAAAUUUAGAAGCAGUUUAUGCUUCUAAAAACAAUAUUUCCAGAUUCAGUGAUAAGAUGGAGAGCUUCCGUUUGUUAAACUUUGAUAGAAAUCCAAUUACAAGCUUGAAGUUUAAUAAUGUGUUAUCAAGGUUGACAGUUUUAGACUUGUCCAAAGCUAAGUUGACUAUGAUUCCUCCUGACUUCUUCAACAAAAUUUCAAAUAUAGAAAAGUUGGUUUUAGAUAAGAAUCAUUUGGUGGAAUUGCCAGAUAACUUGGGUAAUUUGCUCAAGUUGUCCUAUUUUUCUGCAUUUGGAAAUAACAUUCAAUCUUUACCAGCUACAAUUGGAAAUUUGCAUUCUUUACAAUACGUUGACUUGCAUUCUAACAACUUACAGACUUUACCAGACGAGAUAUGGAACUUGAAGGUUUUAACUGCUUUGAACGUGAGCUCAAAUCUCUUGAGUUCGUUUCCCAAACCUCCUUUGUCUCUUGCAAAGAGGAUCUCUUCUUCUAUUGUCGCCCAGGCUAGUUCUUUGAUCGAUAGUUUGGUUGUAUUGGCGUUGGCCGACAACCGAUUGAAUGAUGACUGUUUCAAUUCUUUGAGUUUCUUGACACAAUUAAAGAGUUUGAAUUUGUCUUAUAACGACAUUUUGGAGAUCCCAGAUGGUGCCCUCAGGAGAAUGCUGAAGUUAACUGACUUAUACCUAUCUGGUAACGAGUUAUCGGCAUUACCGGGUGACGAUUUUGAAGGCAUAAAGUCUUUAAGAUUGCUUUUCUUGAACCACAAUAAGUUAGUAUCUUUGCCAGCUGAGUUGAGUAAGUUGAAAAACUUGCAAUCUUUGGAUGUUGGUUCUAAUCAGUUGAAGUAUAAUAUCAGCAAUUGGCCAUACGAUUGGAGUUGGCAUUGGAAUGAUAAGUUGAAGUACUUGAACUUCUCCGGAAAUAAGAGAUUUGAAAUCAAGCAAAGUCAUGUUAAGAAUCCUGAAACUGGUGAAUACUUUGAUAGUUUGUUGGUGUUGAAAAACUUGAAGGUGUUAGGUUUGAUCGAUGUCACUUUGACCACAACAGCUGUUCCCGACCAAAAUACUGAAAUGAGAGUCAGGACCACUGCAUCUGAGUUGGAUAAUGUUGGCUAUGGUGUGUCUGAUAUUAUGGGGGCCAGAGAUUAUGUUUCAUCUAGGGAUCUUUUUAUUCAAAAGUAUAGAGGAAACGAAAACGAAGCCUUAUUUGCCAGUUUUGAUGGAAAGGGAGGGCCGACAAGCCACGGACAUCGUAUUUCAUCUAUUUGUAAAAGUUUAAUUGGUCGUCACUUAUCAGAAGAGUUGGAUAAGAUUAAGUCAGAUGAAGAGAUUCCAGAUGCUAUGAGAAGAACAUUUUUAUUAUUGAACAAAGAGAUCAAUGGAAUUUUGGCGGCCAAAAAAUCUGGAAAUUCUUUGGCUACAGCUCAGGUCAGGAAAGAUUUGGCCGAUCUUACCUUGGCUGAAGAUGGCUCUGCUGGUUGUAGUGUAACCGUCAUAUACAUCAAAGACAAGAAAUUGUAUACUGCCAACAUUGGUGACACCGAAGCUUUAUUGUCCAGAGACAAUGGUGACCAUGUCAUGUUAACCACCAAACACGACCCCACAAAUCGUACUGAAUUUGAACGGAUAAGAGCUUCGGGUGGAUAUGUUUCAGGUGAUGGUACUUUGGAUGGUGAUUUGUAUAUUUCCAGAGGAGCUGGUUUUUUCAGCUACUUGCCCCAUUUACACUCAGGUCCUGAUAUUAAGCAGUUGGAGAUUGCCAAUGGUGAUGAUAUGAUUGUUUUGGCCACAAAGGUGUUUUGGGAUUACAUUUCGUAUGAGUUGGCAGUUGAUAUUAUCCGAUCUGAAAAGGAAGAUCCGAUGUUAGCUGCUCAAAAACUUAGAGAUUUUGCCCUUUCAUACGGAGCUACUGAUAAGAUGGCCGUUAUGGUUAUAAGCUUGGGAGAUCAAAAACAUCUCAAACAGAAGUAUGGUUCCAAUGGGUUGUACAACAAUCUUGGACGGGAAAACGAGCUUUUCUCCAACAAGAAAAGAAGAGAUAGAGCACAAGGUCCUGGUGAUGCUGCGUUGAGAAUGUUAGACGAUGAAAUUGAACCUCCAGUUGGCGAGUUAGCAAUGGUGUUCACUGAUAUCAAGAAUUCAACGUUAUUAUGGGACACUUACCCUGUUGCGAUGAGAUCUGCCAUCAAAAUUCAUAACUCCAUUAUGAGAAGACAAUUGAGGAUCAUAGGAGGUUACGAAGUGAAGACCGAAGGGGAUGCUUUCAUAGUGUCUUUCCCUUCCCCAACCUCUGCGUUGUUAUGGUGUUUUAAUGUUCAGCAACAACUAUUGACUGCCGAUUGGCCUGUUGAAAUCUUGGAAACCGAUCAAUGUUUUGAAGUCACUGACAAUUCCGGAAAUAUUAUCUACAGAGGUUUGUCUGUUAGAAUGGGGAUCCAUUGGGGAUCUCCAGUGUGUGAACUAGAUGUUGUGACCCGAAGAAUGGACUACUUUGGCCCUAUUGUGAACAGAACCUCUAGAAUUAGUGCUUUAGCUGAUGGUGGUCAGAUUUGUAUCAGUUCGGACUUUUUGGAUGAGAUUAAUACCUUGUUCGAUUUACAUAAAAAUAUUGUCGAUAAGAAGAUCACAAUUAAUGAGGGAUACCAAGGAAAUAUGGUAGCCGGAGAAAUUAUCGAAAAGGAAAUUAAACAAUUAUAUGAGAUCGGGUUUGUUUACUAUGAUAUCGGAGAAAGGAAGUUGAAGGGAUUGGAAGCUCCUGAGCAUAUUACUUUGGUGUAUCCCAAGAAAUUGCAGAUUCGGUUUGAAAGUUUCCAGAAACAAACAUCUGCUGUUGCUGAUACUUCAAGAUUAUUUGGUGCCAUUCCUAUCGAAAGCAUUUAUGGAUUGAGAACCAUUUCUUUGAGACUCGAGAGAAUUAUAUUGGGUCUCAAUGGUACUCAUUUCAUGAACGAGUUCCAGGAGAAUUCGUCUAAUCAAUUAUUUGACAAAUCCAGCUCUUUAUUUGGAGAUAACGAAAUGCUUGGAUUGUUAAACCAUGUGGUUGUAAGAAUCGAAAAUUGUGUGGGGAUAUUACAUACGAGACAACAAUUGAGUGCAUUAGAUGGCAGUUUCAACUUCAAGAAGUCUGCUACCGCCAACUCAGUGAUGUCUGAAUUAUCCCAAAUCAUUCUGGAAUUCAAGCAAUUAACUGGAAAGUAAAAUACUAUAUAUGGACUAUAAAGCAAAAUACUAUAUAUGGACUACAAAAUCUUUCUUUUCAACCAAAAUCUCCUUAAUUCCAUAACAACUUAAUCGAA